GGAGGUGGUUUUUGAACCGGCUAUCUCUAUCUACUGAUGUUUGUUUCACAAAAAAUUAAUUGAAGCGCGCAGAGUAAUCUAAUCUUUCCCAAUUUAUCUCGCGAUAGAAUGUUUAUUUAAUGGAUUGUUAUGUAAGCACUAUUUACAGUGUGAUCAGCACUUUAGCUACAGUAGGUUGUUUGGUGUAACAAUGGAGUUAUCAAUAGAACAGGGGAGGCUUCGAGGGUGUGUCGGGACUGACAUCAAAGGGAGCAAUUUUCUCAAAUUCAAGGGAAUCCCAUAUGCGAGGCCCCCGCUGGGUGACCUCCGAUUCAAGGCGCCCCAACCUCCGGAAAAAUGGGCUGGUGUUUUAGACGCGUCCAAAGAAGGGGAUGCUUCCUACCACUGCGACGUAGUCAGAGAGAAUAUCAUGGUUGGGAGCGAAAACUGUCUGGUCUUGAACGUGUACACGCGAAAACUGGGUGAUGGUAAAAAUUUGCGCCCAGUCAUGGUUUGGAUCCACGGGGGUGGUUUUGUUUGGGGCUCCGGGUCUGAAGAACUAUACGGCCCUGAUUUCCUAAUGACCGAAGAUAUCGUCUACGUUACCAUAAAUUAUCGGUUGGGAAUGUUGGGUUUUUUGAACUUUGAGGACCCGUCCUUGGGGGUGCCUGGCAAUGCCGGGUUCAAGGACAUGAUAAUGGGUUUAAAAUGGGUCCAGAGGAAUAUUUCGGCUUUCGGGGGUGACCCCAACAAUGUUACAAUUUUCGGGGAGAGUGCCGGGGGUGCGUCUGUGCAUUUGCUAACACUGUCACCUCUGGCAAAAGGUCUUUUUCACAAAGCCAUUGUUCAGAGUGCCUGUGCAUUGAACCCGGGGGCUAGAGGCACGAAAGGGGCGCGUCAUAUUGCCAAGGCUUUGAACCUUGAAGGGGCCGAUGAUAAGACAGUUUUGGAGCAUUUGAAGACUAAAACUUUCGCCGAGAUUUUUGAAAUUCAGAAAAAAAUUGUUGAUCCUCUGGUGGCUAAUGAGAUUCGACCGUUUGGGCCUGUGGUUGAAUCUGGUGACAAAAAAGCGGCUUUUUUGACACAAGAACCGUACGAAAUUAUAUUAUCAGGGAAUUUCAAUCAAGUUCCCGUUAUGAUUGGGUUUACGUCGCGUGAAGGAAUGUUGGCCCAAAUGUUUAAAGAUUGUCGUAAGGACUUUUCUGUUCAGGAUCACAUUCCUUGGACGUUUGGGUAUAGUAAGGAGGAAGCGAAAGCUGUUACCACUACAGUCAAAAAAUUCUACUUUGGUAAUGAGGAGCCAUCAGCGGAUAAUGUUGUAAAAGCAUUUGAUUUGGCAAGCGACGUUUUCUUUCUUUAUGGUAUUCACAAAGCUGUUGGGGCUCAAUACAGUCGGUCUAAAGCACCAAUCUACGUAUACGAAAUGACAAUCGAAACAGAACUGAACUUUUUCAAGAACCUACUAAAAAUUACAGAACCUGGUGUUUGUCACGCUGACGACAUUGGUUAUCUCUUCAAUCAUUUUGUAACUCCGAAAAUAACUCCCGGAAGCGCCGCAGAUAUCGGUCGUUCAAGGUUCGUCAAGUUGUGGACCAACUUCGCAAAAUUUGGAAACCCAACUCCCGACCAAAACGACAAGUUGUUGAAAACUGUCUGGAAACCAGUUACAAAACCUGAAAUCGAUGUUCUUGACAUUGGGACCGACCUGAAAAUGGUCUCGAAUCCAUACCGGGAGAGAAUACAAUUUUGGGAAAAGCUUUAUUCCGAAAGCCCGGCCGGCAGAAAUAAGGAACAAAUUGUCAAAAAUUGUCAAAAUUCUUGUAAAAUGAAACAACCCGAAUUAACCAUCGAGCAGGGAAAAUUGCUUGGUUCUACCGGAAAAGACAUCCGAGGAAUCCCCUUUUACAAAUUCCAAGGAAUCCCCUACGCUAAACCCCCACUUGGCCACCUCAGGUUUAAGGCCCCUGAACCUCCCGAGCACUGGGAGGGAGUCCUGGACGCCACCAAGCCCGGAAAUGUAUGCUACCAACGCGAUUUGUUCCGUCAGAAAAUCACAGGGAGCGAAAAUUGCCUGGUUUUGAACGUUUACACGCGAAACAUUCCAGACGGUAUCCACACUAGCUUGUACCCAGUCCUGGUGUGGAUACACGGGGGUUAUUUUAUUUUUGGGUCAGGGAAUGACGAUAUCUACGGGCCUGAGUUUCUACUAAGUGAAAAUUUGGUCCUGGUUACGGUCAAUUAUCGACUAGGGAUGUUGGGGUUUUUGUGUCUCGAGGAUUUGGCUUUGGAGGUGCCUGGAAAUGCCGGGCUGAAGGACAUAGUAAUGGCCUUGAAGUGGGUACAGAGGAAUAUUUAUAAGUUUUGUGGAAAUCCACACAAUGUUACAAUUUUUGGGCAAGAUGCUGGCGGUUCCAGUGUCCAUCUCUUAUUUUUGUCGCCUUUGACCGCUGGCCUUUUUCAUCGAGCGAUCGCUCAGAGUGGGUGUGCGGUUAAUCCGUGGGCCAGGGGGACCAGAGGGGGUAACACCGUUGCUGAAGUUCUCAAAAUAGGAUUGAAUGAUGAAAGGGAGCUUCUUGAUUGUUUGAUGACAAAAACAGUUGAGGAAAUUUUGGAAAUUCAAGAAAAAAUCGUUGAUAAGCUGGUGGCUUCCGAAGUCAGGCCUUUCGGUUACGUUCUUGAGUCUUCUGCCAACAGGUUUGCUUUCAUAACCGAAGAACCGCUACAAGCCAUGCUGGGGGGAAGGUUUAACCAUGUGCCUUUGAUUGUUGGGUUUACAAGUUCGGAAGGGAUGGAGAUUUAUAAGAAUUUGAAAAAUCAAGGUUUGCCACCUCUUGAAACUUUUAUUCCUUGGAGUUUUAACUACAAUAUGGAUAAGUCUGAAACUGAUAAGUUACGUGACAGGCUUAAGAAAUUUUAUUUUGAAAAGGAAGCUCCGUUGAAACAAGUCAACAAAAUUUUUGAUUUGAUAUCUGACUCAAUGUUUAUUUUUCCGAUCAUUCAAACCGUAAUGAUUUUAUUCCACAAAAACAAGGCGCCCACUUAUGUCUACAUGAUAUCAGCAGAGACCAAGCUGAAUUUUUACAAAAAGUUGGCCAAAAUCAAAGAACCCGGUGUUUCACAUUUUGACGAUAUUGGUUAUCUUUUUAAAACGUUUAAAACUCCUGAAUUGAAACCUGGAAGUGUGGAAGAAGUUGUAGUUACGAAAUUAAUAAAACUUUGGAGUAAUUUUGCCACGUUUGGAGAACCAACUCCUCACAAACGGGAUUCACUGUUGAAAGUGAAGUGGAAACCGAUGAAAAAACACGAAAUUGAGUUUCUUGACAUUGGGAGGGAGUUGAAGGUUUCGUUGAAUCCGGUGCAUGACAGGAUGUUUUGUUGGAAGGGCAUUUUCAGCGAAAGUCCCACCGGGAAACGAACAGAGUGCCCAUUUUUAAAGCAACUAUUAUUUUAAAAAAAUAGAACGGCCAGUUUUUAAAAUUUAUUUA